UUUUAAUGCUUUAGAGAGGCAAAAACAAACUUGCAAGUCCGUUAACACAACCGUCAACAGUUGCUUUGUUUCCUUCAAACCAGUAUUUUUACGUUGAAAGCCUUCCAUUACCCUUGAUCAUUUUUUUGUUUGUUUCUUCUUGUUCUCUUUCUUUAUUUAAUCUUUCAUUCCAAUUAAUUUUUGGUUAUUCCAUAGAUUACCUCUAUAACAAUUAGAGGUUUAAUUGAAAAUCCUAUGGUGUAAAUAAAUUAAAUAUACGAGUGAAAUCUUGAAGAGGAGUUAUUAACUGCUUUAUUUGUUCAAUCUCUCAUCUAUCUUUUGCUGCUGCUGCUGUUGCAACUGUUUCUCUCUCUCUUUUGCGUCUCUUUUGGUUUUUUUGUUUUUGUUUUAUUACAUCAUUUUGUUUUAUUUUUAUUAAUUGUGGUUCAAUUUCCUAUUGUUAAACAAGGAAUAAUAUGUGACCACUUUUAUUUCUGUGAUGUCUAAUGUGUCCUCUGGAUGUUUUUGCCUACUCUUGAGGAUAAAUUGAUAGUGAAACCAAAAAAAAAACUGGAACCUCAAAACCUCUUUUGGUAUCAUUUUGAAAAACAUUACUUAUUCUUUCUGAAUUUAUAUUUAUAUCUGUGUUAAUUAUGAUUUGGGCCAAUAUUCAUUGGAUUCCCUUAGCAGCCUUCAUUCUUCUUCCAACAACUUUCAUUUCUACGUAUUGUCUAUCAGUCUAUCUACAUGAUGUCUCUCCAGAAUUCCCGUAUAUUAGCGAUACUGGAACUAAUAGUCCGGAAUCUUGCAUUUUCUCUCAGUUUCUCAACAUUACUGCCUUCCUUUAUUUUUUCACUAUAUAUCUCAGAUAUAAGCAAAUUGAGCAGUACUAUAGGGAUCACCUAGCACUGGAGAGCCCGAAAAUAAUGGGUAGAAAUCGUUUGGCUCUGUUUGUGGGGAUCAUCGCAUGUUUAGGCCUUUCAAUUGUAGCCAAUUUCCAAGAAACCAACCUCAUCGUCGUCCAUUUGAUUGGAGCAUUUUCAUGUUUCGGUUGUGGUGCGAUUUAUUGUUGGAUACAAACAUGGAUGUCUUUCAGAACCUAUCCAAUUGUCAAUAGUCGAGCUUGUGCCAUUUUCCGGUUUUUCCUAUGCACCUUAAUGACCAUAACGUUUGUUAUACAAACUGUCUGUGGUCCAUUAGCAUUCAAAUAUUAUCAUGGAGACAAUCCAAGGAAGUGGACUGAGAAUGAUGGUGGUUACUGGUUACACAUUUCUGCAUCUGUAGCUGAAUGGAUUAUGGCUUUAUGUUUAGAUUUAUUUAUUGGUUCUUAUAUCACAGAGAUGAAGAAAAUCUCAAUGACCAGUCCAAAAGUUUUAUUUGUCGUUGAAAAUGUUAAUAUAUUGUCAGCAAAUUAUCCAUUUACAAAUGACGAUUCAGUCGAAGUAUAUCAUGGAUCUGCAUCUCCUGAUUCUCUGAGAAGAGGCGUGAAUUCAGCACCAGCUAAUUACCGUGCUCGUCCUGCUUCUGUUGGAGUGCAAGCAGGUUCCGUCAAUAGUCAAGUUCUGAUUCAUUGAGCAUUAUAAUCAAUUUCACUGAGUAAUAAAAUUAAGCAAAACAUCCAUUCAUUGAACCAACAGAACAACAUAAUCAACAGUUGCAAAAUGCCGUCACUCUUACUGUUUUUAUCAUCAUCGCCUCUAUUGUUUCAUCUCAACAACUAUUCCUGAAUCCUUUUCAUUCAUUAAAAAGACUCAUGUUAAAUUUUACAUAACAUGUUUACAUGGAAUUCAUUUUGGGAUUGUCGAUAAACAUCGAUUACCGAUGACCAUAGUUGAAAAAUGUUUAAAUAUUUUGUCAAAAAUUCUAUUAAAAAUUUAAUAUGUUCAAUGA